AUGGAUGGGAAUUCCUCUCAAAAAGUUGUUGUCGUUCCUCCAAGUAAUAGCAAUUAUGAUACAAGUAGCUCGCAAGAACCAUUAAAUAAUAUACAAGAUAUUGUAGGAACUAGUUCAGAUAAUUCGUCGGUUAUACAUGAUGAUGGUGAUCUUGAUGUUGACACAUUUUUCUUAUCUCAAUCAUCCCAAUUAUCAGAAGAUAGUGGUAGUAUAGUGUCUUAUCCUAAUAGUGAUGUUAUGAAUUCAUUAGUAGCUACACCUGAAAUUUCAUAUCAAGAUGAGCAUGAACGUAAAGUUCCAAUCAUGCCAGCUCCUGUUGAUGAAAAUGAAACUGAUCCGCCACCAAUUUUUAUUACUAAUAAUGAACAUCAAAUAAUUUUCCCAUUUAUACAAGGGUUUGGUUGGGGAAUUGGAGUUCACUUUUAUCGUUAUUUAAGAAAUACUUCAACAAG